GAGCUCCCCACACUAGUCUUCCCCUACACACUUCGUCUCCCUCGUGUACCUUUUUCUAACCUCGCUGUGCGUAAGCGUGUGCGCGAUUCACUCUUUCGGGUUUCAUCUCCCGCUCUUUCUCCCUCUUAUCUGCUCCGGCCAAGUGCUGGAACCAAGAAAGGGCCAUGGGGGCGCCGGAGGAGCAGUAGCCGGAGGCGCGCGAUGGGGUGGGCUUCGAGGUGGCUUCGCGGCCUGCUCGGCGGCGGCGGCGGCAAGAAGGGAGCCUCCGCCGAGCCCAAGCCGGAGAGGGAGAAGAAGCGCUGGGGGUUCGGGAAGUCCUUCCGGGAGAAGGACCCCGUGCGGCCACCGACGCCGCCGGCGCAGCGGGCGGCGACGCCGCGCCGUGCGUACGCGUCGUCGGACGAUGGCGCCGACGAGCAGAACAAGCGGGCGAUUGCGGUGGCUGCGGCGACGGCGGCUGUGGCCGAGGCCGCCGUUGCUGCGGCCCAGGCGGCUGCCGCCGUGGUGCGUCUGACUAGCAGCGGGCGGUGCGUGCCAGCUGGGGCGAAGCAUGAGGAGUGGGCGGCCGUGCGGAUCCAGGCCGCUUUUCGUGGCUACCUGGCGAGGCGCGCACUCAAGGCGCUGCGCGGGCUGGUGAAGCUGCAGGCGCUCGUCCGCGGCAACAUCGUGCGGCGGCAGGCCGCCGAGACGCUCCGGUGCAUGCAGGCGCUCGUCAGCGUGCAGUCCCGCGCGCGCGCCAGCCGCGUCAGCCGCUCUCGCCAGGCCGCGGCGCACCCGGGGGCGACGACGCCGGAGAAGUACGAGCAGGGGGCGUACGAUGGCGCGCCCAGGCACGGCCGUUCCGGCUCUCUGAAGGGUGGCUCGUCGAGGACGCCGGGCAGCGACAGGCUGGGGAGGGAGAGAUCGGAGUCCUGCGGGAGGAACUGGCUGGACCGGUGGGUGGAGGAGAGGUACAUGGACGACGAGAAGAACGCCAAGAUUCUGGAGGUGGACCCGGGCAAGCCGGGCCGGCACCACGCCUCCAAGAGGCGGAGCAGCGGCAGCCACCUGCAGCAGUCGUCAUGCUCGACCAGGACCUCGGAGCAGAACAGCCGGAGCUACGCGACCAUGCCGGACUCGCCGUCGAGGGAUUCCACCACGGCGCAGCAGUCCGUGCCGAGCCCGGCGUCGGUGGGCAUGGCGGGCGAGGCGCUCAGCCCUCUGCGCAUGCCCGUGGACCUCGCCGAGCUCUACGACAGCCCGCAGUUCUUCUCGGCGACGUCGCGGCCGGGGAGCUCGAAGCGGGCCAGCGUCUUCACGCCGACCAAGAGCGAGUGCGCGCGCAGCCUCUUCGGCGGCUACUCCGACUACCCCAACUACAUGGCCAACACGGAGUCGUUCCGCGCCAAGGCCAGGUCGCAGAGCGCGCCGAAGCAGAGGCCGGCGCUGUACGAGAAGUCCGGCUCGCUCCGGAAGGCGUCGGCGCACGCGUUCGCGCCGGGGCCGGCGGCGGCGUCCCUGCAUGCCAAGUUCACCAAUAAGGCGUACCCUGGCUCCGGCAGGCUGGACCGGCUUGGCAUGCCUGUCAAGUACUGAUCCUGUCCUGCGAUCGGCCAUCAGUGUUGAAAACGAAAACAGUGUUGUGAUCGGUCAUCAGUGCGCCCCAAGCAAAGGGUGAAGUAAAUUUUAGCAGCAGUUUGAGCUUUUGUGGUGCUAUUACCGUCACAUGUUGCUUUCCUUUUAUUGACUGGUUAAGUGUAAGUUGCUAGUGAUAGUAUCUGUGCCUGGUUUAA